CAAAAGAACCGUACAGAUAAGGCACGCUCACCUUGGCGCCAAAGGUGACUCGAGAGAGCUGGUCUAUAAAAGAGACGGACGCACCUCUCGACCCGAACAAACCGUAUCGAAAUGUCUCGCCUGAUCGUCGUCGCGCUCGCGGUCCUGGCGUUCUUGCAGGCAUCGACCUCCACCUCCGUUGACCUGUCCAAGACCAAGAAUGUUCUGAUCGAGCUCGCCGACGAGGACAUCGUACCGAAGACAGCGCUGAAAAGUUUGGUGCCUGAGACAUAUGUUGCUGGAUUUAUUGGAAAUCUCGAGAUUGGAAGACGAUAUCCCGAUGAAACGAUUUUCCGUCGAGUUAUCGAAUUCAAUAAUCCAACAACCACCGUUCAAUCAAAUACUCUAACGUUGACUGUUACUAAUGGAAUCCUUCAUUACAUUAGCGUAAUAAAUGACAGCGGUAGCUACGCAGUUGUAUGCGAUGAGCCGAACACUCUGGGAUCAUCCAGAGGCAAUAUUAACAUUCGUGCCUCUCCGAAAACGAAAUCCUAUCUUACAGUAGUCACGGCAGUGCAUUAAACAAGCAUAUGUAAAAAAAUAUAAUAGCUUGUUAUAGCUUGCGCAUUAAUAACAAAAAAAUAAGAAAACAUUUGUUUCUUGAAAAGAGAUUUAUCAACUGUGAUAAAAACAAUUAUGUAUCCUUGUGUCUGUAUCCUGUAUUCUUGUAUGCACAAAAAUAAAAUCCCGAUAAGAUAAUAACAAUCAUCAUUAUUCUU